AUGCGUGACGCUGGCGGUUACCGGGCCCGGCAGGCGAGAAGCGCGGGCCCCGUCCCGGGCAGGCCAUGGGCGGCGGCGGCGGCGGCGGCGGCGGAGGAGCAGAGCUACGAGUAUGGCUCCACGAGGUACCUGCUGCUGUGCGGCCCGGGCGGCAUGCUGAGCUGCGGGCUGACGCCCACGGCCACCGUGCCCCUGGACCUGGUCAAGUGCCGCAUGCAGGUGGACCCCGGCAAGUACAGGGGCAUCGUCAGCGGCUUCGGCGUGACGGUGCGCGACGACGGGCUGCGCGGCCUGGCCCGAGGCUGGGCCCCGACCCUCCUGGGCUACUCCCUGCAGGGCCUGUGCAAGUUCGGCCUCUGCGAGGUCUUCAGGAUCCGCUGCACGGAGCUCCUGGGCCCGGAGAAGGCGUACGAGCGGAGAACCAGCCUGUACCUGGGUGCGUCGGCCAGCGCCGAGCUCUUCGCCGACGUGGCGCUGGCGCCCACGGAGGCGGUGAAGGUGCGCAUCCAGACGCAGCCCGGCUUCGCCCGCACGCUGCGCGCCGCCGCCCCGCGGAUGUACGGCGAGGAGGGCGCGUGGGCCUUCUACAAGGGCGUGGCGCCGCUGUGGAUGCGGCAGGUCCCCUACACCAUGAUGAAGUUCGCCUGCUUCGAGCGCACCGUGGAGGCCCUCUACGAGUACGUCGUCCCCGAGCCCCAGCGCCAGCGCACCAAGGCCGAGCAGCUGGCCGUCACCUUCGUGGCCGGCUACAUCGCCGGCAUCUUCUGCGCCGUCGUGUCCCACCCGGCCGACUCCGUCGUGUCCGUUUUGAACAAGGAGAAGGGCAGUACGGCCUUCGGAGUGCUCCACAGACUGGUUUCGGGCGUGUGGAAGGGCCUGUUCGCCCGCAUCAUCAUGAUCGGCACCGUGACUGCGCUGCAGUGGUUCAUCUAUGACUCGGUCAAGAUCUAUUUCAAGCUGCCUCGCCCUCCUGUCGCCCAAGCUCCCCCAACCGAGAAGCAGGAGUAG